AUGAGCGAAGAAAACUUAUUCGAGGAAACAACCUCCAAAAAGCAAUACGAAAUAACUGACUAUUCAUCCAAACAUAAGAGACUCCCAGGUCAUUUCCUAGGUCUAAAUACAAUAGAGAAGGCUGAAGAAUCUCCAUUGAAAAAUUUCGUCAGAUCACAUGGUGGUCACACCGUCAUCUCCAAGAUAUUAAUCGCUAAUAAUGGGAUUGCUGCCGUUAAGGAGAUCCGUUCCGUUAGAAAAUGGGCCUAUGAAACUUUCGGUAAUGAAAGAACCAUUCAAUUCGUCGCUAUGGCCACCCCAGAAGAUUUGGAAGCUAAUGCUGAAUACAUUAGAAUGGCCGAUCAAUACGUGGAAGUCCCAGGUGGAACCAACAAUAAAAAUUAUGCUAAUGUCGAUCUGAUCGUGGACAUUGCAGAAAGAGCUGAUGUCGAUGCAGUGUGGGCAGGUUGGGGUCAUGCCUCUGAAAACCCACAUUUACCAGAAAAAUUAGCCAUGUCCAAGAGGAAAGUCGUCUUUAUUGGUCCACCAGGGAGCGCUAUGAGAUCCCUAGGUGACAAGAUUUCCUCUACCAUUGUCGCUCAAUCCGCUCACGUUCCAUGUAUCCCAUGGUCAGGAACAGGUAUUGACAAAGUUCAAGUGGAUAAAGAUACUGGGUUGGUCUCCGUCGCUGAUGAAGUAUACGCUCAAGGGUGCUGUUCAUCCCCCGAGGAUGGACUUGAGAAGGCCAAGAAAAUUGGGUUCCCCGUCAUGAUUAAGGCCUCUGAAGGUGGUGGUGGGAAAGGUAUUAGACAAGUGGAACGUGAAGAAGAUUUCAUCGCUUUGUACCAUCAAGCUGCCAAUGAAAUUCCAGGUUCCCCCAUAUUUAUUAUGAAAUUGGCAGGUAAAGCCCGUCAUUUGGAAGUGCAAUUAUUAGCUGACCAAUAUGGUAACAACAUUUCUCUAUUUGGUCGUGAUUGUUCCGUGCAAAGACGUCAUCAAAAAAUUAUUGAAGAAGCUCCAGUGACCAUUGCUGCACCAGAAACUUUUGCCAUGAUGGAAAAAUCUGCCGUGAGACUGGGGAAAUUGGUUGGUUAUGUGUCCGCUGGUACUGUGGAGUAUUUAUACUCUCAUGAAGAUAAGAAAUUUUAUUUCUUAGAAUUGAAUCCAAGAUUACAAGUCGAGCAUCCAACCACUGAAAUGGUCACAGGUGUAAAUUUACCAGCCACUCAAUUGCAAAUUGCUAUGGGUAUCCCCAUGCAUAGAAUUAGCGACAUUAGAGUAUUUUACGGAAUGAACCCACAUACCGCUUCAGAAAUUGAUUUCGAUUUCUCCACAGAAGAAUCAUUGAAGACUCAAAGGAAACCAGUUCCAAAGGGUCAUUGUACUGCCUGUCGUAUUACUUCUGAAGAUCCAGAUGAAGGGUUUAAACCAUCUGGGGGGUCCCUACAUGAAUUGAACUUCCGUUCUUCUUCAAACGUUUGGGGUUACUUCUCAGUGGGUAAUAAUGGUGGUAUUCAUUCAUUCUCAGAUUCUCAAUUCGGUCAUAUCUUUGCAUUCGGAGAAAAUAGACAAGCCUCUAGAAAACAUAUGGUUGUCGCCCUAAAGGAAUUAUCCAUUAGAGGUGAUUUCAGAACCACAGUGGAAUACUUAAUCAAAUUAUUAGAAACUGAAGAUUUUGAAGAUAAUACAAUUACUACCGGUUGGUUGGAUGAUUUAAUUUCUCAUAAGAUGACUGCUGAAAAACCAGAUCCAACAUUGGCUGUCAUUUGUGGUGCUACCACUCAAACUUUUAUUGCCGCUGAAGCAGCUCGUAAGAAAUAUAUAGAUAACUUAAAGAGAGGUCAAGUACCACCAAAGUCUCAAUUGGAAACAAUGUUCCCCGUGGAAUUCAUUCAUGAAGGAAUGAGAUACAAAUUUACUGUGGCUAAAUCUGCUGAUGAUCGUUACACAUUGUUCAUUAACGGUUCCAAAUGUGAAGUUCGUGCCUCCAAGUUAUCAGACGGUGGAUUGUUGAUUGCUCUUGGUGGGAAGUCCCAUACCAUUUAUUGGAAACAAGAAGUAGGUGCAACAAGAUUAUCCGUUGAUUCUAUGACUACUUUGUUAGAAGUGGAAAAUGAUCCAACACAAUUACGUACUCCUUCUCCAGGUAAAUUAGUCAAAUUCUUAGUGGAAAGUGGUGAUCACAUUGCCGCAGGUCAACCUUAUGCUGAAAUUGAGGUUAUGAAAAUGCAAAUGCCCCUAGUAGCUCAAGAAACUGGUAUUAUUCAACUUUUGAAACAACCAGGUUCUACUCUUUCUGCAGGUGAUAUAAUUGCCAUCUUAACUCUAGAUGAUCCAUCAAAGGUUAAACACGCAUUGCCAUUUGAAGGUUUAUUACCUGAUUUUGGUUCUCCAGUGGUUGAAGGUACCAAGCCAGCCUACAAAUUCAAAUCUUUAAUUUCCACCUUACAAAAUAUCUUACAAGGUUAUGAUAAUCAAAUAAUAAUGAAUGCAUCAGUACAACAAUUAAUUGAGGUGCUAAGAGAUCCAAAAUUACCAUAUUCAGAAUGGAAAUUACAUAUUUCUGCUCUACAUUCCAGAUUACCCAUUGAUUUAUAUGAAAGAUUAGAAGAACUUGUCAGUCGUUCUGCUAAGCGUGCUGCAAUUUUCCCAGCUAGACAAUUGAAUAAAAUGUUAGAAGGUGCUUUGAAACAACCUGAUGCGGAUAGUCAAUUGGCCGGCAACAUUGAGCCUUUAUUGGAUAUAACGAGACGUUACAUGGAUGGGCUAGAAGCUCAUGAACAUUCAGUAUUCGUUAACUUUUUGGAAGAAUAUUACAACAUUGAAAAACUAUUUAAUGGUUCCAACGUUCGUGAAGAAAAUGUUAUCUUAAAACUACGUGAUGAAAACAUUGACAAUUUAGAUAAGGUCGCUUUGAUUGUUUUGUCACAUGCUAAAGUGUCAGCCAAGAAUAAUUUGAUUUUAGCCAUUUUAAAGCACUACCAACCUUUGUGUAAGAUUUCUUCUGAAAUUGCUCAUAUUUUCACUAAGCCAUUACAAGAUCUUGUCCAAUUGGAAUCUAAGUCAACAGCUAAGAUUGCUCUACAAGCAAGAGAAAUUUUGAUCCAAGGUGCCCUUCCAUCUGUGAAGGAAAGAACUGAACAAGUGGAACAUAUUUUAAAGUCUUCUGUAGUUCAAACUUCCUAUGGUGCAUCAAAUGCUAAACGCUCAGAACCUGAUCUAGAAAUUUUGAAGGAUCUAAUUGAUUCUAACUAUGUAGUUUUUGAUGUUUUGAUUGGUUUCUUAAGUCAUCCUGAUCCUGCCGUCGCUGCCGCUGCUGCUCAAGUGUACGUUCGUCGUGCAUACAGAGCAUACACUGUUGGUGAAGUUAAGGGUCAUGAAUCUAUUUCUAAUCCAGUCAUUGAAUGGAAAUUCCAAUUGCCUUCUGCUGCCUUUUCCUCUAUUCCACAGGUUAGGACGAAAAUGGGUAUGAACAGAGCUAUCUCUGUUUCUGAUUUAAGUUACGUUGUUGACAGCGAACAUUCUCCAUUAAGAACUGGUAUUCUUGUUUCUGCUAACCAUCUUGACGAUGUUGACAACAACCUAGCUGAAAGUUUGGAAGUCAUUCCAGAACACUUUUCUCCAUCUGGGCCCGUUCCUGACAGAUCUGGUAGUUCAUCUACAUUAAGCAAUGUUGCUAACAUUUUUGUUGGGUCAACUGAAGGAUUUGAGUCUGAAACAGAAAUUCUAAAGAAGAUUAGAGAAAUAUUAGAUGUUAACAAGCCAGACUUAAUUAAGUCCGCCAUUCGUCGUAUCACAUUUAUGUUUGGUUUUAAGGAUGGCACAUAUCCAAAAUAUUACACUUUUAAUGGGCCUAAUUAUUGCGAAAAUGAAACAAUCCGUCACAUUGAACCAGCUUUAGCUUUCCAAUUAGAAUUAGGGAAGAUGUCCAACUUCAACAUUAAGCCAAUCUUCACUGAAAAUAGAAACAUUCAUGUUUACGAAGCUGUCAGUAAGACUUCUCCAUUGGAUAAGAGAUUUUUCACAAGAGGUAUAAUUAGAACAGGCCGUAUUCGUGAAGAUAUCUCCAUUCAAAAAUAUUUAACUUCUGAAGCCAAUAGAUUAAUGAGUGAUAUCUUGGAUAACUUGGAAAUCAUCGAUACAUCCAAUUCUGACUUGAAUCAUAUCUUUAUUAAUUUUUCCGCCGUCUUUGAUGUGUCUCCAGAAGAUGUUGAAGCCGCCUUUGGUGGAUUCUUGGAAAGAUUUGGUAAAAGAUUAUUAAGAUUACGUGUAUCAUCAGCUGAAAUUCGUAUUAUUAUUCAAGAUCCACAAACUGGUGCACCAGUCCCACUACGUGCAUUGAUUAACAAUGUUUCAGGUUACGUGGUCAAGUCCGAGUUAUACACUGAAGUUAAAAACAGUAAAGGUGAGUGGGUUUUCAAGUCUUUGGGUAAACCAGGUUCCAUGCAUUUGAGACCUAUUGCCACACCAUAUCCAGUCAAAGAAUGGUUACAACCUAAACGUUACAAGGCACAUUUAAUGGGUACCACUUAUGUUUAUGACUUCCCAGAAUUAUUCCAUCAAGCUACUGUAUCUCAAUGGGAAAAGCAUUCACCAGAGACAAAAUUGACAGAUUCUUUCUUCACCGCCAAUGAAUUAAUUGAAGAUGAAAACGGAGAAUUAACUGAAGUUGAAAGAGAACCAGGUGCCAAUUCCAUUGGUAUGGUUGCCUUUAAGGUUACUGUAAAGACUCCAGAAUAUCCACGUGGUCGUCAAUUUGUUAUUGUUGCCAAUGAUAUUACAUUCAAAAUUGGUUCCUUUGGUCCACAGGAAGAUGAUUUCUUUAACAAGGUUACUGAAUAUGCUAGAAAGCGUGGUAUUCCAAGAAUCUAUUUAGCUGCUAACUCCGGUGCCAGAAUUGGUAUCGCAGAAGAAAUUGUUCCUUUAUUUCAAGUUUGUUGGAAGGAAGAGGGCAAUCCAUCUAAGGGGUUCGAAUACUUAUAUUUGACAUCUGAAGGACUAGAGACUUUAAAGAAAUAUGGUAAGGAGAAUUCUGUAGUUACAGAACGUGUUGUGGAAAAUGGUCAAGAAAGAUUUGUCAUUAAGACAAUUAUUGGUGCUGAAGAUGGUCUCGGUGUUGAAUGUUUGAGAGGAUCCGGGUUAAUUGCCGGUGCCACCUCAAGAGCAUACCAAGAUAUUUUCACCAUUACAUUAGUUACCUGUAGGUCCGUUGGUAUUGGUGCUUAUCUAGUAAGAUUGGGUCAAAGAGCCAUUCAAAUUGAAGGGCAACCAAUUAUCCUUACUGGUGCUCCAGCCAUCAAUAAAGUGUUAGGUAGAGAAGUUUACUCGUCCAAUCUUCAACUUGGUGGUACCCAAAUUAUGUACAACAAUGGUGUUUCCCAUCUAACUGCUCCUGAUGAUCUUGCUGCUGUGGAACAAAUAAUGAAUUGGUUGUCGUAUAUUCCAGCUAAGCGUAACAUGCCCGUUCCAAUCUUAGAAAACGAUGAUAAAUGGGACAGAUUAGUUGAUUUUGUUCCUCAACCAAAGGUUGCCUACGAUGUUAGAUGGAUGCUUGAAGGUCGUGACAUGGAAGAUGGUAGUUUCGAAUAUGGGUUAUUUGAUAAGGGAUCCUUUUUCGAGACAUUAUCUGGAUGGGCUCAAGGUGUUGUUGUUGGUAGAGCUCGUCUUGGUGGUAUCCCCUUGGGUGUCAUUGCCGUGGAAACUAGAACCGUGGAGAAUUUAAUUCCUGCUGAUCCAGCUAAUCCUGAGUCUCAAGAAAGUUUGAUUCAAGAAGCUGGUCAAGUUUGGUAUCCAAAUUCUGCAUUUAAGACAGCACAGGCCAUUCAAGAUUUCAAUCAUGGUGAACAAUUACCCUUGAUGAUCCUGGCUAAUUGGAGAGGGUUCUCUGGUGGUCAACGUGAUAUGUACAAUGAAGUUUUGAAAUAUGGUUCAUUUAUUGUUGAUGCCCUUGUGGAUUACAAGCAACCUAUUUUCAUUUAUAUUCCACCUACUGGUGAACUAAGAGGUGGGUCAUGGGUUGUUGUUGAUCCAACGAUUAAUAGUGAUCAAAUGGAAAUGUAUGCUGAUAAGGAUUCACGUGCCGGUGUUUUAGAACCUGAAGGUAUGGUUGGUAUCAAAUAUCGUAGAGAGAAACUGUUGGGGACCAUGAAUAGAUUAGAUCCUGCAUAUAAAUCGUUAAGGGAACAAUUAUCCAAUAAGGAUUUGAAUGUGGAUGAACAUAAGGAAAUUUCUAAGAAAUUGGCAUUACGUGAGAAAUUACUACUACCGAUUUACAAUCAAAUUAGUAUUCAAUUUGCCGAUUUACAUGAUAGAUCUGAACGUAUGGUAUCUAAGGGUGUCAUUAGUAAAGAAUUAGAAUGGGUUGAAUCGCGUCGUUUCUUCUUCUGGAGAUUAAGAAGAAGAUUGAAUGAAGAAUAUUUGAUUAGAAGGUUAGAUAAUGAAUUAGUGGAUGCCUCUAGAUUGGAAAAGAUUGCUAGAUUAAGAUCAUGGUAUCCUGCCUCAGUGAAUCAUGAAGAUAAUAGACAAGUGGCCACAUGGAUUGAAGAAAAUUAUCAAAUCUUGGAUGAACAUUUGAAAUCUUUGAAGAUGGAAGCAUUUGCUCAAGGAUUGGCUAAAUCUAUUAGAAAUGAUCAUGAUAAUGUAAUUAAUGGAUUAUCUGAAGUGUUGAAGAUGUUGUCCAAUGAAGAUAAAGAAAAAUUAUUGAAAACUUUGAAAUAG